CACCUGUCGUUCCGCCCUGCGCCUGUCCAGUCUGAUGCAGCAGCUGGCACGGCAUGGCGACACCGACAUCGACGAACUCAAGGCGGUGGAGAAGUACCUCCGUGUCGUCCCCAGCAAGUACGCCCAGCUCGCCCUGUCCAUCGAGACGCUUCUGGACCUCUCGACCUUGUCCAUCGAGGAGGUGACUGAGAGGCUCAAGGCAGUGGACGACCGCGACGAAGGGGUGGCCGGAGACCCUGUUUCCAUCGGCGGCAAGCUGCUGUUCACAGAGGAGCAGUGGCUGGCGCGCCAGAAGGAGAGGAAGAAGAAGCAGGACGGGUCCUCCUCGUCCAAGGACGCUCGCCAGCAACCGCGCAAGAAAGGCGGGAGCGGCGACAAGCCCAGCGGCGACAAGCCUGCCGGCGGCACGGAAGGAAAGGAGGGUGCUUGCGGGGUGAGCGUAAGGCUGCACGCAGCGACACCUGCCUCAACUGCGGCCGCCGCGGCCAUUGGGCCCGGGACUGCAGGCAGCCCAAGAAGGGUGCUGCGGCCAACAUGGCCCAAGCCGACGAGGACGACGAGCCCGCCCUGUGGAUGGCCCAAGCCAGCCCAGUCCUGCAGCUCGUGGCGGGAGAAAGGGGGGAGCUUUCGACUCCACCAAGUCCACCGCUGCUCCACCUCGACGAGCCGCGAGCGCACGCCUUCCUCGGCGACGGCUCCGGCGACGACAAGCUCGAAGGGUGGUACCUGGACAGCGGUGCCACGCACCACAUGA